AUGAAAUGCCCUGCCAUCCAAGGGUUACCGUACAUCUACGGGUCCACUCGAGUUCAUCAUGAUAUUCCAACAGCUCUUUCCCCUAUUGUCUACUCCUCUCCUGGCCUUCGCCUCGUCGUCCCGACCGAAGCUUCCGGGGCCUCGUGCUAUGCAUCCCUUCUUCCCUCAAUUCCGCCUUCAACGGAUCAUCGCCCAGUACCCUGGGGCUCCCCCAGCGUACAUUUCUCUUCCUUAAACGGGACUCUCACUACCUGCUGCGAUUCUCUCGACGAAAUUCGGAACGCGCUAGAUGAUAUUGACGGAAAACUUCUCGAUCUACUCAAUCAGAGGGCUGCCUACGUACGCGAGGCAACACGUUUCAAACCGACUCGCGAUUCAGUCAAUGUACCGUCCCGUAAUGAGGAGGUCGUGCAGCAGGCUGAACAGCAGGCUGAGCACAUUGGGGUGCCGGUAAUCAUUGCCCGUGCCACCUUUGAGGCUAUUCUGAAUUCAAGCGUGCCAUUCGAACAAUGCAUCUUUGACACGAGCCACCCGUAA